UUCAAGCAUACAUCAAAGCAAAAGCUCUCUCAUUUUUAGAUUGUUUCAGUGUUCUAAAAAUUGCUCUUUUGUUCUGAGCUAUUUUUAGUUUUUACUACAAAUAUUUUAUUUUGGUCCAAGUAAUAAGUUAUUUCUUAUUGGAUUGUAAAGCUUGUAGGUAACAAGUGUGUAAAAAGGAGGGUAAAAUUACUCGAUUGCAGAAAAGAUCAGGAAGAUCUAGCAAGGGGUAAUUGUUACUCGUUCUCUUUGGUUGUAAAAGCAAAGGUAGAUUUACUCGUUGCAGGAAAGAUCAGUCGGAUCUAGCAAGAGUAAAGGUUACUCAUUUGUGAACAAGGAAAAGAGGAGUUGUGGUUAACGUUACUUAACACAACUACCUAGUGGAUAAUCUCACACUUGUGUGGGGAGUGGAAGUAGCCGGCGUUUGACGAACCACGAUAACUUUUGUGUGUCAUUUCUCUCUCCCUAUUUACUUUUGAUUGAUUGUUCAAAAUCACACACCUCACACUCAUUAUUGUCAUUAUUAACUAACAAACUAAUUGUGAUUGUUAAUUUAAAAGAAAAUUUUUAUUAGACAAAUUUUAAACAGGUCACAAUUCAAACCCCCCUUUCUUGUGAAAAUAUUUUACUUCAGAUUUAAGUGAAGAUGUAUACAUGAAGAUUCCUCAAGGAUUAGAAGGCAUUCCACCACAUAAAGUGUGCAAACUUGAUAAAUCACUUUAUGGUUUAAAACAAGCGAGUCGCAAAUGGUAUGAAAAAUUGUCUCAUUUCCUAAUUUCAGCUGGGUAUGCAUCGGUUACAUCUGAUCCCACUUUGUUCAUCAAGAGGACAACUUCCACAAUUACUGUCCUCUUAGUCUAUGUGGAUGAUAUUGUCUUGGCGGGUAAUGAUCUAGAUGAAAUACAACUCAUCAAAAACAGUUUGCACAAUGUUUUUGGUAUCAAAGAUCUUGGAAUCCUGAAGUUUUUUUUGGGCUUAGAAGUGGCCCAUUCAGCAAAGGGCAUCACAAUAUGUCAGCAACAAUAUUGCCUUGACUUGCUAAAUAAGACAGGAACGUUGGGUUGUAAGCCGUCUAGCAUACCUAUGGAUCCCAGUCAGCGUUUACACCGUGAUGACAGUGAGCCAUAUGUUGAUGCAUCUGAGUAUCGAGCUCUUGUUGGUAAACUUUUAUAUCUGACCUCUACUCGCCCAGAUAUUUCCUUUACUGUGCAGCAGCUGUGUCAAUUUCUUGACUCGCCAACUGCAACUCAUUUUAAGGCUGCGCAUAAAGUGCUGCGUUAUUUGAAAACCAGCCCUGGUACAGGUCUAUUUUUUCCUAGAGAUUCUUCCCUGCAUUUACUUGGUUAUAGUGAUGCAGAUUGGGGAGGGUGUCCUGAUACUCGACGAUCUAUCACAGGGUACUGUUUCUUUAUUGGGAAAUCUCUGGUUAGUUGGAAAUCUAAGAAACAACAAACAGUCUCUCGUUCAUCAUCCGAAGCUGAGUAUAGAGCUCUUGCUGCAGCAACAUGUGAAUUGCAGUGGCUUGUCUAUCUUCUCACUGAUUUGAAUGUGACUUGCUCCAAAGUACCUGCCCUCGUUUGUGAUAGCCAAAGCGCACUACAUAUUGCCUCUAAUCCUGUUUUUCAUGAGAGAACGAAACACCUAGAUAUUGAUUGCCAUGUAGUGAGGGAGAAACUUCAAAGUGGACUCAUGGAAUUGUUUCCUAUCUCUAGUCAAGAGCAGAUUGCAGAUAUCUUGACAAAGGCGCUGCAUCCGGCAAGUUUCAAUCAUUUGAUUGCCAAGCUAAGUCUGCUCAACAUAUACCAGCCUUAGCUUGAGGGGGUGUGUAGAAAUAAUUGUUGUAAUUAGCUAUAAGUAGUUGGUUACAAUAGGAUUAGUGAAUUAGUUACACAACUAAGCAAGUUG